UCCGCUAUCACACCAAUUGCCCGGCAUUUUAUCAGCGUGUAAAAAAAAAAUAACAAUAAAUACAAUCGACCAUGGCCGACAGCCUAUUCCAAAUGAGUCGUAGUGGAUUGCUGCGAACGAGUGUAAAUAGCUCUAGUCUACAACCGACACUUUCCCGAUCGCUGCGAAACGUAAACAAUGUGUCCGCAUUGAGUGAAACACUGAUGGAUCCCGAUGACUCGAACCGGGGCAGGAGCCGCAUGGAUGUCCUGUUUCCACAAUUCUUUGACAUUCUGCAAGCGCACAACAACGAGUCGGAGACCUUCGAGGUUUUGCUCAGCUUGUCCAUGGCGUGCAAGAAGGUCGUAGAGGAACUGCAGCUGGAAAUAGAGCGCGGAAUGGGAGGAGAACAGGGCGCAGCGCACAGACGGGCCAGCAUCAGUUGGCUUAAGCAGGAGAUCGACACUUGGCGCCUGCUCCACGGCAUCUACUUUGAUCGAAUAUUGCUACAGACGGACAACCAAGCCGACUUUGAAAUGCAGGAAGGUCCCGCUCUUGGAGGCAGCGAGAAAAUGGUCAUCUCUCAGCUGUAUGCCAUCAAUUCCACCCUGAGGGAGUACCAGUUGGUUGUUGACUGGCUGGAGGCCUGCUACGAUCGCACGGAUGCAGAGAAUUUGCUACACUGCCACGACCGUAUGAUGGCCUGGGAGAACACGCUCUUCCAGCUGGAGAAUCUCCAAGGAGCUGCCUUUGGGAAGAAGCACGAAAUAGUCAAGAGCUUGGAUCCUGAUGCUCCAGUGAGGGAGAAGCUCUCACUGCACGCUCUCGACGAGGAGGACAACAUGAGACUGGGCCGCGCCAUUUUCGGUGCCAUCAGGCGAGGACGUAUCGAUGAUGCUCUGAAGUUGUGCAAACACUACGGCCAGACGUGGAAAGCUGCCAUUCUGGAAGGGUGGCGCCUCCAUGAGGAUCCCAACUAUGAGAUGGGUGGAUCGCUGGUCAACGAGAAGCUACCCAUUGAGGGCAAUCCUCGUCGCGAUGUGUGGAAGAGGUGUGCGUGGCGUGUCGCCGAUUCCAAGAGCUACGACGAGUUCACACGCGCCACAGCUGGCGUCUUCGCGGGACACUUGAGUUCGUUGAAGGCGCUGCUGCACAACGAUUGGCAUGAUCUGUUGUGGGCCCACAUCAAGGUGCAAAUUGACAUUCGUGUGGAGUCGGAGAUACGGGAAUGCUGCACAAAACGCUAUCAGGACAUGCCCGAGGACUAUUGGAACGGAAAAAUGACACUGGAGCAAAUAUUCGACGAACUAAAUGUGGCCAAAGACGUGUCCGUGAAAGACUUUGCCAAGGGACAGCUGGGCAUCAUCCAGCGUCAUCUCAUUCUUGACACUUGUGGCGAACUGCUCCAGCACAUGGUGCGCUGGCUGGAGACGGAUGCCAGCCAGCUGUCGUCUCACCAGCUGCGCUUUAUGGCCCACAUUGUUCUGUUUCUGCGGCAGAUUGGUCGUGUCGAAAACGAAAAGCAUGCGGAAAAAAUCAUUGCCUCUUACGUGGAGUCGUUGCUCGCACGUGGAGAUGCCCUGCUUAUAGCCUACUAUGCUGCAGCUCUGUCCAACCGUCUCCAAGUGAAACUCUACUCGCAGUUCCUCGAGAAAGUUGAGCAGAAACGAGCACGGGAGCUGGCCAUUGACGCUGCGCUGCAAGCCGGCUUGGACUUGGAGCAGAUCACGCGCCUCACUGUGGAAAAUAUACGAAACACUCAGCAUCCACUGGGGGAGUUUGGGGCACCGCAUGCAGGAGAAAUAUCAGCUCCGGAUCAGUUUAAGAUCUCCGCUCUGGAGUGGCUCAUCUUCCUGCCGGAACAGAGGAGCGAAGUGCUCUGGCAAGCAUGUGCCAUGAUGCGCAUUUACUUGGCAUCGAACAAGAUCGAGUGCAUGCGCAAAACAUUCCUGAUGGUGCCCAGCGAUGUGGUCACCAGUCUGGCUGGCACCUUCGGCUCCUUGGACAAUCUGCCGCCGCGCGAAGAGUGCAGCUUGAAGGAAUAUCUUUGCUACAAAGUGUACCUUGCGGGCGUUGACAGCUUCAUCGAGUGGAACCGCCGACACCAAAAUCCUCCGCAAAAGCCGACUUCGAUCGCUGCAAUUACCAGCCAGGAUAACUUCACGGAGCGCCUGGUGAGCGAGCAAAAGGAGCAAAACUAUCGCAAUGAGUUGGAGAGAUGGGAGCAGAAGGUCAAGGAGCAGGCAAAGCAGACCACGGAAGCCUUGUACAAUAUUUUGUUGUUCCCGGAAAAGGGUUGGCUGGUGGAUCCCUUUAUCUCGAAGGAGCCGGAGAAUGCUGCACAGCUCAAUUGGGAGAACAGACUGUUGCAGAUGGAAAAGCUGCGCUCCCUUUGCCUGCCUGAGGUCACCAUGCUCCUGCACGAAGUUAUGUCCAAGUCGGGAGACCUUGUGGGCUGUGUGCGCCUGGCGGAUGAAAUAUCCAGCGAGCAUCGGCAGCUGUAUAAGGUCUACACCAAGCACAAGAUGGCCGAGCUGCUCGCCAAGAUUGCCGACACUUCACUGGAGUUGCUUAAUACGAAACAGGAUCCCUGGGGCUACCCCUUCACUGCCUAGAAAUGUGGAUUUAAUUUUUGUUUUUUGCGAUGUAAAUCUAAUUUUUAAAGUUUA